CACAGAAACUGAGAAACGCAGCAUGUGACGUCAGAUCGUACUAAUCGAGCGCCGGUGUAGAUGUCCGCCGCCGCUGUCCCGUCCUUCUGCUGCUAACACGAACUCGAAGCUUCAGGAUGUUUUUAUCUUCUGCAGUUCGAUCUGCUGUUUCGCAGGCAGCCAGGCAGGUCAGAGGUUUGCAUCAAUCUGCUGCACGAGCUGGAGCUGGAGGCAUAUUUGUGCACAGAGACACGCCUGACAACAACCCUGACACUCCGUUUGAGUUCACAGCAGAAAACAAAAAGAGGAUUGAUGCGAUCCUCUCGAUGUAUCCCGAAGGACACAAGCAAGCCGCCACCAUCCCAGUCUUGGAUUUGGCCCAAAGGCAACAUGGAUGGCUCCCCAUCUCUGCCAUGAACAAGGUGGCUGAGGUGCUGGACGUCGCUCCGAUGCGAGUGUAUGAAGUUGCGACGUUUUAUACCAUGUUUCUGCGUAAACCUGUGGGAAAAUACUUCAUUCAGAUCUGCACAACAACCCCCUGCAUGCUCUGCAACUCCGACAGCAUCCUGGAGGCCAUCCAGAACAAGCUGGGUAUCAAGGUUGGAGAAACCACUGCAGACAAGAUGUUCACUCUGUUAGAGGUGGAAUGCCUGGGCGCCUGUGUGAACGCCCCAAUGGUCCAGAUAAAUGACAACUAUUAUGAGGACCUCACACCAAAAGAUAUCGAGCAAAUUAUCGACGAACUGAAGGCCGGACGAGUCCCACCACCUGGACCAAGGAGUGGCCGUUUCUCUUGUGAACCGGCAGACGGAUUGACCUCCCUGACAGAACCGCCUCCAGGACCGGGAUUCGGUGUGAGAGCAGACCUGUAGAUGUUAAUAAUGGUACUCUGAGAGGAAGUUGCCGUCAUGUUUAAUUCAAAGCAUAUUGUGUAAAUAAAAUGUUCAUAUACCUGUUUA